GCGCCUGCGCAAUGAUUUCCCCGAGUUUGACGGUCGGCUUGGUUGUUGGAAAUAAACAGGACACAAAAGCUUGUUAUUUUUUUUGACAGCUUAAAUAAAAAGAGACUGGUGCUCGACUGCUGGAGGAUUUGGGGGACAUUUGUUGGGGGGACAGUCAUGGCGGAGGUGGGAGUGAAGGGGAAAAGGACAGGGCUCCCGGGAUUAUGUUGGAAAACCUGCUACUUUCACGUCGUGUUUUGGGUCGUGUCUGUCUGUGGAGAGGAGAAGAGCUUUGUGGUGGAGGGACCAGAAGUAAUUGGACAUUCGCUGCUCAGCUGUACCAUGGCCAGACGUGGUUGAAGAACUAUGGCUACUUACUCCCACAUGACAUCCGGACAUCAGACUUGCGUUCGGAGAAAGCCAUGCAAUCAGCAGUUGCUGCUAUGCAGCGGUUCUAUGGCAUCCCAGUGACUGGAGUACUUGACCAAACAACCAUAGAGUGGAUGAAGAAACCUCGGUGUGGGGUUCCUGAUCACCCUCAACGAAGGAGAAAUAAGCGCUAUGCUCUUACUGGUCAAAAAUGGAGGGACAAAAAAAUCACCUACAGCAUACACAACUUCACUCCUAAGGUAGGCGAGAAGGACACGCAAAGGGCGAUCCGGCAGGCAUUUGAUGUGUGGCAGACAGCAACCCCACUGACCUUCCAGGAAGUGGCCUACUCUGAGAUAAAGAAAGAGGGCAAAGAGGCAGACAUCAUGAUUUUCUUUGCCUCAGGGUUUCACGGUGAUAGUUCUCCAUUUGACGGCGAGGGAGGUUUUUUAGCGCAUGCUUACUUCCCUGGCCCUGGAAUCGGAGGGGACACGCACUUUGAUUCUGAUGAGCCUUGGACAUUAGGCAACGCUAACCAUGAUGGUAAUGACCUUUUCCUGGUGGCAGUGCACGAGUUGGGCCAUGCAUUGGGUCUGGAACAUUCCAAUGACCCAAGUGCAAUCAUGGCGCCUUUCUACCAAUACAUGGAGACACAAAACUUCAAACUGCCACUAGAUGACCUUCAAGGCAUCCAGAAAAUAUAUGGUGUCCCAACUGCAAUGUUGGAGCCAACUCGGUCUCUCCCAACCCUCCCACCACGGCGGACUUAUUCUCCUUCUGACAGGAAAAAUGACCGUCAAUCCCGUCCUCCUCGACCUCCCUCCGGUGACCGGCCCUCUCCUGGCUAUGGAAAACCCAACAUCUGUGAUGGCAAUUUUAACACAGUGGCCUUUUUCAGGAGGGAGAUGUUUGUUUUCAAGGAUCGGUGGUUCUGGCGUUUGCGCAGUAACAAGGUUCAAGAGGGUUACCCCAUGCUGAUUGACCAGUUCUGGAAAGGUCUCCCUUCCCGCAUUGAUGCUGCUUAUGAGAGAUCUGAUGGCAAAUUUGUGUUCUUUAAAGGAGACAAGUACUGGGUAUUUAAAGAAGUGACAGCAGAGCCAGGUUACCCCCACAGCUUAGUGGAGUUGGGCAACUGUUUGCCCCGCGAGGGCAUUGACACAGCAUUACGCUGGGAGCCUGUGGGCAAAACCUACUUUUUCAAAGGUGACCAGUACUGGCGCUACAAUGAGGAAAAGCAUGCAGCUGACCCAGGCUAUCCCAAACCCAUAACUGUGUGGAAGGGCAUUCCUGAAGCACCUCAAGGAGCCUUUGUCAGCCGUGAAGGAUUUCACACUUACUUCUACAAAGGAAAGGACUACUGGAAGUUUGACAACCAGAAGCUAACAGUGGAACCUGGCUACCCGAAGUCCAUCCUUAAGGAUUGGAUGGGUUGCGACCAAACAGAAGCAGAGAAGAACAAAGACAGACGCCUCCCCCACGAUGAUGUCGACAUCAUGGUUGCCAUAAAUGAUGUGCCAAGCACCGUAAACGCGAUUGCUGUGGUAAUCCCAUGCAUUCUGUCUCUGUGCAUCUUGGUCCUCAUUUACACCAUCUUCCAAUUUAAGAACAAAAGUGUCCCUCAACCUGUGACCUACUACAAACAGCCAGUGCAGGAAUGGGUAUGACACACUAGGGGACACUGCAAAGUUAAACACUAAAAAUGCUAGUGAGGGCUAACAUGACAAUGUUCAGAAGCACCUACACAACCAGUGCCUGUUUACUGCAUUGUAAUGCGAGAGGUGGGGAUUGAAACAUUGUUGAGUCCAUGUCCUUCCAUCUGGAACUUAACCUUGAACAAAAUCUCUUUUUCUUUCUUUUUUUUUAAUGAGCCAAAAGCACAGGUUUGCUAGGCUUUAACUGAGUGGUGGAUUGCAGAGACAGGAGCUUAACCAUUGCUUUGGCCUUACACUGCUACUGUAAAACCUUCUUUCCCAUUCUCUCACAUCCUGGGAGUCUGAGGACCACCACAGUGAAUUCUAACCAUCACGUGUCCCAGGAACACAAGAGGAACGAUGGUCAGAUGCCAGCAAAUAUAUGUCCUAUAUAUGCGCUCAACAUGGACUUGUAAAGGAAUUUCAAGAAUUAUUGAAAGAAUAUGUCAGAAGAACAAAAGAGUGAUUCUUUGUUAAAGACUUGAAUAACAUUAUAGGUAGAAAGGCUGUAGAAAAGAAUAAUACAAAGGGGCUUUGUGUAUCUUGUAAUCUUUUAUCAUGUCUUGGACAUCUCACUUUUUGAAGCAUUAAAGAAGCAUUAACAUUAACUAU